UCCGCUUUGUGGAGCACAAGCCCACAAGCAAAGGUCUGUCACAGUCGUUUCGAAAAGGAAGAUCUCUGGCGUGACAACGGAGGAAGGGAUGGACGGAUAGCGAAGGAUGGACGAUUCUCAAGAUCGCUGGAUCUCAAGGCAAGAGUUUUCACUCGAUCUUGUAGUGGCUCAGGCUGGCUGGUAUAUAUUAGUUCCAGGGGUAUCAGGCAAUGCAGGAAGGAGCCUCUGGAUCCGCUGGGAAUUUAGAGCAGUGGCAGGGGAAGGAUGAGGAUUGAGGAUUCUAGAAUUGGACAGCCUCUCAAAGCCCCUUUGUGCUAGCAGCUCAUGAUCCGGCGGUGAUGAUCGAUCGGGGGGAUCAGAAUGUGGUGUUGUAGGGAGUCGUGUUCGUUUCUUCCUGCUGCUGGCGAUCGUCCACCCAAGGAGGAUGAGCAGCUGGCUAUCCACCAUCCUGGUUGUGGGGUUUUUGACUUUGGUGGUGAGCGAUCCGGAAGAGGAUGAUGCGGCAGUUCUAGCAGAGGUAAAGCGCAGCUGGGUGCUCCCCGGCGACGCUCUUCGGUCGUGGUCCUGGUCAUCCGCAAGUGAGAGUAAGUAUAGCAGUGGAUCCGGUAACGGCACAGUAUGUUCUUGGGAAGGGGUCACUUGUGCCGGCAACUCGAGCCGCGUCGCGGUGCUAGAUCUUGACGCUCACAACAUCUCCGGCACAUUGCCAGCGUCCAUCGGUAACCUCACCCGGCUCGAGACGCUCGUCCUCUCCAAGAACAAGCUCCAUGGAUCCAUCCCCUGGCAGCUGUCGCGAUGCAGGCGCCUCCAGACCCUGGACCUCAGCAGCAACGCGUUCGGGGGUCCGAUCCCGGCCGAGCUGGGAUCGCUCGCGUCCCUCCGCCAGCUCUUCCUCUACAACAAUUUCCUCACCGACAACAUCCCCGACUCUUUCGAAGGCCUCGCCUCGUUGCAGCAGCUGGUGCUCUACACCAACAAUCUCACGGGCCCAAUCCCCGCCAGCCUUGGCCGCCUCCAAAACCUCGAGAUCAUCCGGGCCGGCCAGAACAGCUUCUCCGGCUCCAUCCCUCCCGAGAUCAGCAACUGCAGCAGCAUGACCUUCCUGGGCCUCGCGCAAAACUCCAUCUCAGGCGCCAUCCCUCCCCAGAUUGGCUCCAUGCGCAACCUCCAAAGCUUGGUCCUCUGGCAAAACUGCCUCACCGGGAGCAUCCCUCCGCAGCUGGGCCAGCUAUCCAACCUGACCAUGCUCGCCCUCUACAAGAACCAGCUACAGGGCUCCAUCCCGCCCUCGCUUGGAAAGUUGGCGAGCCUCGAGUACCUCUACAUCUACUCCAACUCGCUAACCGGGAGCAUCCCGGCGGAGCUCGGCAACUGCAGCAUGGCGAAGGAGAUCGACGUGUCGGAGAAUCAGCUGACGGGUGCCAUACCCGGGGACCUCGCAACGAUCGACACCCUGGAGCUUCUCCACCUGUUUGAGAACCGGCUGAGCGGACCCGUGCCCGCGGAGUUUGGACAGUUCAAGCGUCUCAAGGUGCUGGACUUCUCGAUGAACAGCCUGAGUGGAGACAUCCCGCCGGUGCUGCAAGACAUCCCAACGCUGGAGCGCUUCCAUCUCUUCGAGAACAACAUAACGGGCAGCAUCCCUCCGCUCAUGGGUAAGAACAGCAGGCUGGCGGUUCUCGACUUGUCCGAGAACAAUCUCGUGGGUGGCAUACCAAAGUACGUGUGCUGGAACGGUGGCCUCAUCUGGCUAAACCUCUACAGCAACGGGCUCAGCGGCCAGAUCCCUUGGGCGGUGCGGAGUUGCAACUCCCUUGUCCAGCUCCGCCUCGGCGACAACAUGUUCAAAGGGACCAUACCCGUGGAGCUCAGCCGCUUUGUCAACCUCACGUCGCUGGAGCUCUACGGGAACCGAUUCACCGGAGGGAUCCCCUCGCCGAGCACGAGCCUGUCAAGGCUGCUCCUCAACAACAACGAUCUCACGGGAACGCUGCCACCGGACAUUGGCAGACUCUCGCAGCUUGUCGUGCUCAACGUCUCGAGCAACAGGCUGACGGGUGAGAUUCCAGCGUCCAUCACAAACUGCACCAACUUGCAGCUGCUGGAUCUCAGCAAGAACCUGUUCACGGGUGGCAUACCGGACAGGAUCGGCUCGCUCAAGUCACUGGACCGAUUGAGGCUGUCGGACAACCAGCUCCAGGGUCAAGUUCCGGCGGCCCUGGGUGGCAGCUUGAGGUUGACGGAGGUCCACCUUGGAGGAAACAGGCUCUCUGGCUCGAUACCGCCCGAGCUGGGGAACCUGACGAGCCUCCAGAUCAUGCUCAACCUCAGCCACAACUAUCUCUCGGGGCCCAUACCCGAGGAGCUGGGAAACCUCAUCCUCCUCGAGUACCUCUACCUCUCCAACAACAUGCUGUCGGGCUCCAUCCCGGCCUCCUUCGUCAGGCUUCGCAGCCUCAUCGUCUUCAACGUCUCCCACAAUCAGCUCGCCGGCCCGCUGCCCGGCGCUCCGGCCUUCGCAAACAUGGACGCCACCAACUUUGCGGACAACAGUGGCCUCUGUGGAGCUCCCUUGUUCCAGCUGUGCCAGACCAGUGUGGGCAGCGGUCCAAACUCCGCCACUCCGGGUGGUGGCGGGGGCAUCCUAGCGUCGUCCAGGCAGGCGGUGCCCGUCAAGCUCGUGCUGGGCGUGGUGUUUGGGAUACUUGGCGGCGCGGUGGUGUUCAUCGCGGCGGGCUCCCUUUGGUUUUGCUCCCGGCGGCCCACGCCGCUCAAUCCGUUGGACGAUCCCAGCAGCAGCAGGUACUUCAGCGGCGGCGACAGCAGCGACAAGUUCCAGGUGGCCAAGUCGAGCUUCACGUACGCCGACAUCGUGGCGGCGACGCACGACUUCGCCGAGAGCUACGUGCUUGGGAGUGGCGCGUCCGGGACGGUGUACAAGGCGGUGGUGCCGGGCACCGGCGAGGUGGUGGCUGUGAAGAAGAUCAUGACCCAGAGCGACGGAGCCCACUCGAGCUUUCUAAACAGCUUCAACACGGAGCUGUCCACGCUGGGCCAGGUCCGCCACUGCAACAUCGUCAAGCUCAUGGGCUUCUGCCGCCACCAAGGCUGCAAUCUCUUGCUCUACGAGUACAUGUCCAAUGGCAGCCUCGGUGAGCUGCUUCACAGGAGCGACUGCCCUCUCGACUGGAACCGGCGGUACAACAUCGCCGUGGGAGCCGCGGAGGGGCUGGCGUAUCUCCAUCACGAUUGCAAGCCGCUGGUGGUGCACAGAGACAUCAAGUCCAACAACAUCCUGCUGGACGAGAACUUUGAGGCUCACGUCGGAGACUUCGGGCUGGCCAAGCUCUUGGACGAACCCGAGGGGAGGUCCACGACGGCGGUGGCUGGAUCAUACGGUUACAUUGCACCCGAGUUUGCCUACACAAUGAUCGUGACGGAGAAGUGUGACAUCUACAGCUUUGGCGUGGUGUUGCUGGAGCUGGUAACGGGGCGGCGUCCCAUCCAGCCGCUGGAGCUGGGCGGGGACCUGGUGACAUGGGUGAGGCGAGGGACGCAGUGCUCGGCGGCGGAGCUGCUGGACACGCGACUAGAUCUGUCCGACCAGUCGGUUGUAGACGAGAUGGUCCUGGUGCUCAAGGUUGCGCUGUUUUGCACCAACUUCCAGCCCUUGGAGCGGCCAUCCAUGCGUCAGGUGGUCCGGAUGCUGCUCUCGGCGAGGGAGCGGGGCUACUACAGCUACGAGGCCGAGUCGUGCGCCUCGUCGCAGCCACUGUCGGUGGCGGACGACACCCCCCUCGUCAGCCACAGUGGGCGUUUGUAGCCACUAUUGUGACUGACUCUUUUGCUGGGCUGAGAGAUCCGAGUCUUUGCCUCCGCCACGACCGUGAUGGUGUGACCCUGAGAUGAGAUGUGUGUGUGGGAGGAACAAGCUUACAGCGUUGAGGUGACGAGAUGGAAAGCACGUUUAGCGUU